AUGUCUGUUGGACCGGCUGGCGUGUGGUCAAUCAACCGUAGCACCAAACUCUUCUGCCGCACGGGAACCUACGGUGACAACGCCAACAUGGGCUCUGGGUGGCAGUACAAGCUGGACCGGGUGAAGCAGGUUGAUGUAGGUAGGGACACAGUCGGCUACAUCCAUUCUGAUAAGACAGAACUGUUUCGCAUUGAAGGCAUCAAUAGAGCCAACCCUCUCGGGGCUGCCCCGUACAGCUGGGAGUGGUGGUCGAAAUACAUUGCCAUGUCUCUUAAAGAGGACAUUCGAUUCUCUGUGGUUAACAUGUUGACAACAAUGAUUUUACUCUUCAUACUUCUUUCUAUGGCCUCUUGUCUUGAAGCCGUGAACAAAGGAAGUGUCCCCAAAGCACAAGUCAUGCUACAGUUACAAGGCAUGGACUACUCGCUGUUCGGCUACAACAGUCUCAAGGGAUGCCCUCUGACCUCAGGACGUGACCCGGGCUUUACUCUCCCCAUCUUUUCUGGUGAGUUUCACGUGACCCCAGACUUUCGCUAUAGCGUGCCACGUGGCGUGGUUCUGUCCCACGAUGUGUCAUGUGACACGUCGUUUACGUCGAAGGUGGUGGAGACGCCGUACGACCUGACCAAGGUGUUGACUGUCACCGCAAGACUCGGUCGUGAUAAGUGGGGGCCUCCCUUCUCGGCCAGCCAACACUUUCACAAACUGUCCGCGCAACUCACACAACACGUCUUGGUCGUUUCCACAGCUGUCUGCAGUUUGUACGACCUGACACUUCUGCUCACGGAACCGCCAUCUUUUCAUUUGUCGUUUGCGGACUGGAUGAUUAAACUCAACAACACUGAUGACGAGGACAAGUAUCUUCAGUUCCUUGACACCUACGGCACACACUUCGUGUCAAAGGCCCGCUUUGGGGCUUCCAUAACGGUCAUCUACAAGAUGGACGAUAACGUUUAUCGGCUUCUAACAGAGGAUCACGUGACCUCAGCUGCCAGCUACUCUGCUCCUGAGCUUUUUGGAUACCGUGAGAUCUUGACCUCUGAUCAGCAAAAAGCAAUAGCAGAGUUUCGAAAUCACAAGACAACAACACACCUUCAUGGGUGA